GUCAAUAAUAAUGUGUCAAGUCUCUUUAUCAACUAUCAACGAUAACAUUUAAUUUACUUCAUAUUUCAAUGUAUUCACAAAACUAUAUUAUAUUAGGAAAUGUAGAAAGCAUGUUGUUGCUAUAAAGUUAAGACGUAUUAUGAUUUUUUGUGGCAAAGUUUGUAUACAUGAGCAACAAAGAAAUAAAAACAAAAGAAAUGGUCGUGAAAAGUAAAAAUAAAGUUCUAUCAUGUUCAACACCGGAUAACCGAUUAGAUUCACCGUCGAGAGAUAGUGAUUCGAUAUACGACUCAGACGCGUCCAGCCCUGUGCCAUUUUUGUGUACACAGGAUGGAGCAGAAGGUGAAACAGACGUUGUAUGGAAUUUUUACACACCAAAGUCUGGAGCAACUAAAUCAAAAUUUAGAAACACAACACCAGUUAGUAGAAGAAUUAAGAAAUCAGAAAGACCUAAACAUAUAGAUAAACCUGCACCGAAACGUAGAACUGUUAAACCUUCACAGAAAAAAAUAGAAUUGUUUCAGGAACUUGUUGAAUUAAAUCAUAAUGUGCAUAAGCUUGUUGAUAAGUCAACAGCUAAGCCAGUAGAAAAACCUCAGUCUGAAGAAGAUAUAUUUAGUGAUUGUAGUGAUAGCUCACCCAGAAGUGGAUUAAAAAUUAAAAAUCCCUGCUUAAGGAAAAAUGUACUAAGUUCUAAAUUCAUAAAAACAGAAUCUGAAAGUGGAUUAGAAUCUGACGAUUCUAUGAAUGAAUAUUUGUUAAAAGCAAGUCAAGUGGUUGAAGAAAAUAUUUUAAAAUGUGAACCCAUUCAAGCCAAAAGGCCUCGACUUGACCCUGUCAAUAAAAAAAAUUUAAAGCCAUGCUUACAAGUAAAUAUUGACCAAGAUUCAAUGGAUGCCAUAUUAAGUAAUAUUCAAUUAGACUCGCCCAGUAUGAUUAAGGUUAAAAAAUGUGAAUCGCCUUUAGUAAAUAAUGAUUCCUUUGACAAUUUAGUGGGAAAUUUAAAUGAUAGUGCAUUGGAGAUGCUAUCACAAAUUCCGAUUAAGAAUGAACCUACAACAAACACAACCUCUGCAAAAACGGACACAAAUUGGUCCAGUCCAUCAUCAAAAACAAUUUUUGGAAGACAUAAUUCUAUGCCAGAAUCUCCGUCUGUUAAUGACACUAACAAACCUUCAACUAGUGGAAUGGUCUUUGGCAGAUACAGUUCAAUGCCAUUCAAUAAAAGCAUUGAAAAAAUAGUUCCUGGAGAUUCACCAAUACGAUGUACACCUGAAGAGAUAAAAAAGAAACAUCAACAAGCUAGAGAAAGACUUCUUGCAAAAAGAGUAUUGCCAUUCACACCUAGUCAUUCCCAGUCAUUAAAUCCAAGCCAAACAUCACAACAUAAAUUUGUCCCUAAAAAACCAAUUUUCCAGCCGAAAGUACCUACUGUUAAAACUUCUCUAGAUACUAAACAGAAUGCACAGAUAAACACUCAUCAAAAACAACCUAGUACAGAUAAUAUAAAGUUACUUAUUGAAAAAAAAAGACAGGAAGCAUUAAUGAAGUUGAGAAGAAGACAAGCUCAGAAUAAAUUUUGAUACUUAGUAUAAGCUGAAAUACCUAAAUUAAGUGUGCAUUAUGUGAUAUAUUACAAUUAUGUUGUUUUUCACGUACCUAAAUGUAAUGUGAUAAGUGAUUUUUAUUUUCAUACUUGUUGUCUUAUUUUGCCAAUUGUGAUUAUUUUUAUUAUCAAACACACAUAUUUGUUGGAAUAAAGUAUUGAUUCUUUUGUUCA